GAGUCUGUGUUGAGUGUCCCUGGGCUGAGGGCACAUUUCCUUCAGUGGCAUCACCUGGGCCUGGACCUCCUCCAGUGCCAUGCCCAGGAAAAGAGGCAACCAUCAAGAGCAUCUCCUGGGACAGAACAUGACCAGCAAUGUCAGCAGGCAAAACCAAGGUUUUGUUUAGCAAUGACCCUUUGAUGAAGUCAAAUAUUUACAAUCAGUCCCGUACAGUUUGGAGUACAGAUGGGAGUACACUCGGGGGGUACAGCCAAGGCCAUGAGGUCACAGCAGUCUCUGGGGUGACAGCAGGCUGAGGUGACAGCAGGCUCUGAGGUCACAGAGGUCCCAGAGCCCCGUGGUUGCACAGCACCACAAGGACCGAGCAGUCAGUCCUUGACCACGACUGUUGUGGCAGCAGCGGCGGCGGCAGCAGCGGUGCUGACAUUGGGACAGCAGUGUCAGGACAGUGGUGGCAGCAAGAGCUGCAGGACUGGCAGUGGACAAGGCACCAUGGCCUUUGCUCUGCGCCUCUUCCUCCUGCUCCUCCUGGCAGUGGCCCUGCCUGACAGGGCUGCCCAGGCUGCUCCGUGGCGAGCAAGGCGAGCAGAUGAGGGUGGUAGGAAGGCUCCUCCAGCAGCUUGGCUUCAUGAAGAUUUUCUGCCUCUGGAGCCCCAUGCAGGUGUGUCUGCAUCAAGGACAUUUCAAGCUCCUUUUCUGGUUGCUGCACGCAAGCCCAGCUCCCAUCACGGGGGUUCUCCUAGAGGGAGGAAUAAACCCACAGAAGACAAGAUGCUGAGUGAACUGGAUAGACGCUAUGAGAUGAACCCAAAGGCUGUGCUGAAGGCAGCGUUUCCCGGAGGAAGCAGUGGCUCAUGGGCAGCCUCUACUGCAGGAAGGGAGGCCAUGCCAGGCACAGUCCCAGGAGAUGAACCUGAUGAUGAAGAUGAUCCGGAUUCCCAAUCCAUAUCAGUUACUGAGCCUGAUGAUGAGGAAGAUUAUGAGGAUGCAGCUGGCACCACAGCACAUGCUCAGAAGAUCUGGGAGAGCAUGAGAAGAGUUUUCUACCAGGGAACAGAUGGUUUGAUUAAGUUAAUGGCCAUUGUGGCUGGUGGAGCAGUUUUCCUGAUGAUGUGCUGUGCCGGAAUCUGGUAUUGCCAGAAGGGAAAACGGAGCACCUCUGCAGCUUCAGAAGAGCAGCCAAAGAUUUUAGUCUCUGAGAAGCUGACCUGUUAUCCUCGCUCUCCACAUCUCUCCCCAUCUGCUGUGCUGCAGCUGCAUCCCCGUCUUGAGGGCAUCCCAAGACGCACACCUCCCAAGCGAGACCCUCUGCCCCUGAGCCCCCUGGCCCUGUUCCCUGGCCAGGACUGAAAUUGGGCAGCCCCUGUCCACCAGAGCAGGGGUUGGCCCAUGGUUUUUUUUCAAAUAAAGAGA